GUGUCGCACUGAAUCCUCACAAGAGGUCGCUGUAGACCGUAGACUGGGUGGAUACGUUUUCAUCACAGCUCCUGCCUACACGUCAAUCCUCGAACGGUGAUUGGCUGGUUGAAUCAGGGGUUUGGCUUCAGUGUGAGAAGGACUGAGACUGUGGCUGCUGGAAGAUCGUGUUCAGGGAGGAUUUUAUCCGUGCAAUGGAGAUAAAUGUCUGACGGUAUUCAGCUCUUUAUUUUUCCACGAUGAGGGCUCGACGCAUGGAGGAAUAUUUUUGCAUAAUUUUUGUGGUUCUUCUUUGUCUGUGUGACGGAUCCGCAUCACAAAUCUCAUACUCGAUCUCCGAGGAGGUGAACAAAGGCACCGUGGUGGGAAACAUCGCCAAGGAUCUGAACCUAAAUAUUCAGGAGCUCGAUUCCAGGGAUCUCCGUGUUGUUUCCAGUGACAGUAAGAAUUAUUUUGACGUGGACCGACGCUCCGGGAGUCUGUUUGUUAGCGAGAGGAUAGACAGAGAGGCCCUUUGUCCGAACACGGCAGAAUGCUCCGUGAGGAUUCAGGCGGUCAUGAGUGACCCGAUGGAUGUUCACCGGAUAGAAGUGAAAAUUUUAGAUAUCAACGAUAACCCGCCUGAGUUUAUUGAGCAAUCUCAUUCAAUACAAAUUUCAGAGUCGGUGACUCCCGGAGAGAGAUAUCUGCUGCCCAUAGCGGUGGACGCAGAUUCAGGGAGUAACUCGGUAAAAACAUACAAGCUGAGCCAGAAUGAAUAUUUCUCUCUGGACGUGCAGAGUGGUGGAGAACACGGAGUCUCCGCCGACUUGGUGCUCCAGAAGACUAUAGAUCGGGAGAAACAGCCUGUUAUUGACCUCAUCCUCACAGCUGCUGACGGGGGAAAACCUGUCAGAACAGGGACAUCGAAUAUACAAAUUAUUGUGACGGAUGUUAAUGAUAACACUCCAGUUUUUAGUAAACCAUUGUAUAAAGUAAGUGUUUAUGAAGGAGGGGCGCAUGGCUCUGCAGUGAUACAAUUAAAUGCAACCGAUUUAGACGAGGGAAUGAACGGUAAAAUAGUGUACUCCUUUGUAAAACGAGGUAAAGUCGACCCCUCUGUUAUGUUUGAUUUAAACCCAGAAACAGGAGUAAUCGCAUUGAAAGGCUCUUUAGACCACGAGGAAACACCUGCGUAUGAACUCAGAGUUCAAGCGAUGGAUCAGGGUCAGUCGCCACGCAGUACACACACAAAACUACUAAUAGAAGUACUUGAUGAGAACGAUAAUGCUCCUGAAAUAUCAGUGACGUCACUGAUGACUCCAGUGAAAGAAGACUCAGAGCUGGGAACUAUCGUUGCUUUGGUCACAGUGAGUGACAGAGAUGGAGGCAGUAAUGGUGUAACCAGCUGUAAAGUAGUUGGAUCAGUUCCUUUUAAGCUCAAAUCAAACUAUAAAAAUGAUUAUUCAUUAGUAGUUGAUGGACCUCUGGACAGAGAAAAGACUUUUGUCUAUGACGUCACUAUUGAAGCUACAGACGAAGGGAGCCCUCCUCUGUCCAGUAACAGGAUCAUUACUGUUCAUGUGUCUGACGUCAAUGAUAACGCACCUCGAUUCAUGGAGCCUGUUAUUAAUGUUUAUGUGAAAGAAAAUAGUCCACAAGGAUCGAAAAUAUGUCAAAUUAAUGCGUCUGAUCCAGAUUUAGAUGUUAAUUCAAAACUGACUUAUUCAUUGAUAGACAGUCAUCCACGAAAUGUUCCAAUCCUGUCAGCUCUGACCAUAAACUCAGACACAGGAGACAUAGUCAGUCUGCAGUCGUUUGACUUUGAGAAGUUAAAAACCUUCCAGUUCAAAGUUCAGGCCACAGACUCUGGUGUUCCUCCUCUCAGCAGCAACGUGACCGUGAAAGUUUUUAUCCUGGAUGAGAACGACAACAGCCCUACGAUUCUGGCUCCCUAUUCUGAGCUGGGUUCAGUGAACAGUGAGAACAUUCCUUAUUCUGCUGAAGCAGGAUACUUUGUAGCAAAGAUCAGGGCUGUAGACACAGACUCUGGAUACAACGCUCUGCUGUCUUAUCACCUGUCUGAGCCCAAAGGAAACAACCUGUUCAGGAUCGGAACCAGUAGUGGGGAGAUCCGGACCAAGAGGAGAAUGAGCGACAAUGACCUGAAGACUCACCCCUUGGUGGUGCUGGUUUCUGAUAAUGGAGAACCCUCCCUGUCAGCGACUGUGUCUAUCGAUGUGGUGGUGGUUGAAAGCUCCGCUGACAUCCAGACUCAGUUCAGACAUGUGACCAUGAAGGAGGAGAACUUCUCUGAUUUGAACUUGUACCUGCUGAUCGCCAUCGUGGCGGUGUCGUCCAUCUUCCUGCUGAGUCUGGUGACCUUGAUAGCGGUCAGAUGUCACAGGACAGACAGUGAUUUCAGCAGGUACAGCCCCCCCAUGAUCACCACCCACCCUGACGGGAGCUGGUCUUACUCCAAAUCUACUCAGCAGUACGACGUGUGUUUCAGCUCAGACACACUCAAGAGUGACGUGGUGGUUUUCCCCGCCCCGUUUCCACCAGUAGAUGCAGAACUGAUCAGUAUUAAUGGAGGAGACACUUUUACCAGGACUCAGACUUUACCUAACAAAGAGAAGGUAAGAUGGAAGUGAUUCCUUCAGUUUGAUAGCUGUUUUAUAUCACCCGUUCAUCUGCUGUGUGAUGCCUAAAAAGUUUCUUAACUGACACGCCACAGUAGUUUAAAUCUCUAUCUUUUGAUUUGAAGUUUGUCACACUGUUAUUUGGAAGCACUUCCAUGUUAUAUAAAGCGAUUUUUGUUCUUAUUGAUAUACGGCACUCGAGCAUAGUGUUAAUCUACUUUUGUAAGUGUUCAGAUUGUUUGCAUUGGAGUUUUUUUUUUAUUUUAUUAUUUCCUCAAUAUACACUCUUAUUGUUCCCUGGAAGAGAUUUAUUUGUUAAAAACAAAGAUAAUUUCGACACUCAUCCAAGCUAAUAACUGUGUGGCGAAAUAAAUCGCUUUCGAUGCUAUCCGUGGUGCUGAUUCUUGUCAUGAACCUCAAACUCUGAAUUUUGUCUGAUACGCUGUCAUAUGUAUUUCAAUAAUA